AUUGAUGCGAUAUUUUGCCAACUUCGUUAUCGUUUCAGAGUCAGACAAGAUGCAGUGCUCGGCGUCCAUUUACAUUAUAAUUUUUUAAGCCCCUAUUUUCUCGAUGUUAUAAGCAUCAAAACCCCUCUUCUAGAUAGUUUUCAUGAAUUCCUGUUAGAUUGAGUUGUGCUCUAUAGUUACUUAUCGUGAAUUACAAUUUUAAUUACCUUCUAACCGGUAUACAAUUGCUUUCGAAGUUUAACUAACCUUCAAGUGAAUAGCUACUCACAUUCUCAAAAUGAUAUCGUUUAUGACUUUAAUGCACCAUGUCUACUUGCAUCAGGCUUAUUACAUGCAAAUCUUUCAACAAAUCGAUCUGCCUCACGCUCGGGAGUUUUUCAUGGGCGUCACCAAACUAUCUGAUCCUGCAUAUGCCAUUGCAAUUAUAUUUCCUGUGAGCGCCUCAAUAAAUACAAUGCUAGCUACUGAUGUAGUUGUAGCUGCAGUGGUGUCUGAAUGGAGUAAUACUCUUCUGAAAUGGCUACUGAUGGAGCACAGACCAUUUUGGUGGGUGAGAGAAUAUGGAGACUCCAGUAACAUUAAUCUGCUACAAACAUCUCUGACUUGUGAAACUGGACCCGGAUCACCAUCAGGUCAUGUGAUGGGCUCAGCUGCCGUUCUCUAUGUCUUUCUUCGCUUCUUUCAAAAGCUUUGUGUUGGAGGAAACAAGGAAGACCCUGGCAGUAGAAUAGAAUGUUUCAGCCCAAAGCGAAGAAGCGUUGGAGUUACUCUAUUGUGGAUUUGUUUUGUCGUCAUCCUAGUCUUGGUCUCUUUGUCGAGGAUUUAUAUUUCGGCUCACUUCCCUCACCAAUGCUUAUUGGGUGCUCUUAUCGGUUGUCUCCUUGGCUACGUUCUUAUUGAGGAAAAAGGAAGAUUCUCCGUUGGUAACUGGUGGAAAAAAGCAUCCAGAGGUGCUAUGUUGAUUACUGCUAUUGUCUUCACUUCUAUAUCUGUGUUCGCGUUUCUGUUUCAAUUGGUUAUUGGUGUUGAUCCCCAGUGGUCUAUACGCCUGGCUUUCAAAUGGUGUCAAAGUCCAGAGUACAUCCACGCAAGCACAACACCUCUGUUCUCUUUGGCUAGAGAUGCUGGAAUUAUGUUUGGCUUAGCAUUUGCUUCACCCAUUGACAAAAGGGCUCGUGUGAAGUUUUAUCCUGUGGUCGGAGUAGCAUUAGUAAUAAUGCUAGUUGUGUCCAUUCAAAUGCUGGGUGAUUUCAUCCCAACCGACAAUGCCCUCUCCUUCUACGUAGGCCAGCUAACUGCACGGCGAAUUGUAAUCGAGGGCUCUAAUUGGCUGAAAAAUUCAGCGUUGGGCGCGGCACGGCGAACAGUUAAAACAGAGGCGAGCGGCACAAGCUCGCUGAAAGGGGCGAUGUUCGGCAGAAUGCACAGUUUGCUGCGUGGUUCGAGGUUCGGUUCGGACCUAGAAUCGCAGCUAGUGGGCGAUUUUACUGAUAUGAGUUGCCUGAUCGAGGAGUUGCGCAAAUAUAGUCAGUUGUUUUGUGCCCGACAUCCGACAUCAGAUCUCGCUCAUCCUUUCAUAUAUAAAGCGAGACGAGAGAAUUUCUCUCACUACGGAGAGUUUGGCGGCGAGCGUUGGCGAGGCGAGUCCGCACACAGGGAGGCGCAUCAAAACAGACACACUUCCACCCUGCCAGAUAGCAAUGCUUCUGCAGUUUCGGACAGCCGUGCUUCUUCCCUGCCAGACCUCCAGACAAGCCACGCUUCCUCCCUGCCAGACAGCCAUGCUACUACAGUACCAGACAGCUUUGCUUCCUCUCAGCCACAUGCUGAGGAAUCCCAUUCGAUCUGGUGA